AUGCAUACGAUAAACCGGCGACUCGGAAGUAGGCAGAUCUUGUGGCUAUUGUAUGAUUUCCUUCGACCACACGUCACCGGCGAUUCGACUUUCAAGCUCGUUGACCUGAUGAAGACCACGAUUGAUCGGUUUACUCAUGGAUCCGAGCAGGAAAGGCUGGAAGCCUUCUCCAAUCGAUGGGAUCAUGUUCUCGCUGGUAUUUCAGUCGAUCGCCCCGAAGAUCCUGUUCUCUGCGCUCUCUUUUAUGAGCAGGUGCGUGAGUUCCGCUGUCUCGAGCUCGAUAUGCAGCUAUGGGACAGGGACGUAUCCGUACGGAACUACGCAUACUUGCGAACCGUCUGCGUCAAUGCGAUUACAACUUGGCGCCGACGACGCAAUCAGGAGAAGAUAGACGAUACGCUGCGCCUGCGCACGGUAGCCCGCGCAGAUCUUCAUCCCGAGGUCAAAGGGGUUCAAGAUCGCCAGGGCGUCGUGACUCCAGGAAAGGGAGUCCGUACCGAAGGAGCUCGCCAAGACGCUCGUCACCCAGACGAUCCUCCCCGCGACGUGGAUCGCCAAGACGAUAUUCCCGCAGUCCGGGACGAGCAGCUCCCGCCCCGACUCGCCCGAUGUCGCGAUCCCCGCGAGGACGGGAAAUCUGCUACGAUUUCAAGAAAGGCAGAUGUACGCGAGGAAGCGGAUGCAAGCACUUGCUCGAGAGGAGACAAGUGUCCAUAUAAGCAUGUGAAGCCGGGUGCCCCAGCUGAGAGCACUCCUACUGCCGCUCCUGCGCCUGCUGAGCCCGCGCCGACAUCAAGGCGGGCAAUGACAGCAUCCUCCAUUGGAGACUUCGCCUUCGCUUGCGUUGCAUCAUUCGAUAUGGCAUGUCCGUCAGUCAAGCGGAAGACAGUAUCGUUUGGGAAUACUGAGACCCGCGUGAUAGAGUCUUCUUUCCCGGAGCCAAACUGCGGUCCCGUCAAUCGCGAGAGGAAUUUGAACUAUUCGUGGCCGGAAGAUAUCCGUGGUCUGAAUAGUGCUCGCGAGAGGCGAAGGGCGCAUAUGAAGGCUGUGCUUUGGAGAGAGCAGGUUUUGCUCGAUGACGUUGAUGCCAAAACGCUAGGUAAUGAUGCUUGUGUUCUUGAGCUCACGCUUUCUCAGCGGAGCGCUUGCGAGGUCUUUGCUGCUGCUGUCAAGUCUAUUAAGAGGGUCCGGAGACUUAUGCUCGACUCCGGUUGCGGUAUAGACCUUAUUGGUCUCGGGGAUCUGUCCCGCGAGGAAAGGGAUCUGAUAGUUCAGAAUGCUAAGAUCAGCCUUAGGACCGCCAAUGGAAAGACUAACACCAAAGGUGUUGCCCAUAUGCGCAUUGACGGCCUUGAUGAGCUGAUUGAAGCAUAUGUGCUGGAAAGCACACCAAGUCUUCUUUCCCUAGGGAAGCGAUGCAAGGAGCUUGGAUACCGAUUUAUCUGGGAACCAUUUUGCGAUCCGAUAUUCUUUGAUCCCAAAGGGAGACAACUCAAGAUUGAUGUUAUCAAUAACAUCCCCUACCUCGCUCCGAGCGAAACCGAGGUAGUGGCGGGUCGACCUGAUCUCCCUCGCGUGUAUCCGGCACUCCCAGCACCGAUCAUUAUUCACGCGAAAAUCGUGGCCGCGGGCGAAGAACCUGUGGGCGAGCUAGACGAUAUCGGAGAGCUCGAUCUUGAUAUGCCUGGUGUUAAGAGUGCCCAGAAGGGUGCACCUGACGAUGUCAAGAAGGGGCGGACGAAUGCCGACACGCUUCGAGCGUUCCAGCAGGUCUUCGGCGACCUUAAGGAUGUGAACUCGUUCUCCAUGGAUGUGGAGAGAAGGUACGCACCUUCUGCGAUCCGGGAAAUCUAUUGUGAUAAAGCCCGUGAGUUCAUAUCGACCUGCAAAAGAGUCGGCAUCUCUGUAAAGCAUUCCACUCCUGGCAUGCCUCGCACUAAUGCCAUUGCCGAGAGUAAGGUGAAGCUUGUCCUUCAUGGCGCACGAGUGGCGCUUCGACAAGCGGGCCUGAGCGCCAAAUUCUGGCCUUAUGCGUGUAAGCACUUUUGUCAUGCUCGCAACAUCGAGUUACGCGAGGGACAAAGUGCGUAUUCGCUACGAUUUGAUGGUGCCGAAUUUGACGGUCAGAUUCUCCCAUUCGGGUGUCUUGUGGACUUCUAUCCCACGCCAGCACGGAAACAAACCCGGCGUAGUCAGAAGGAUGAAGUCGUACUUGGCGAUGGUGAGGAAUAUGCCGUACCUGCGCCUGGAGAUGAUGGAUUGGUCGAAGUCGAAGUUGGAUUCGAUGAUGAUGGUUAUCUCGAGUGGAUUGACGGCGACUACGGCGGCACCUCCACGGUGGUAGUCGCGGGCCUUGGCGUUGCUGAGGUGCUGAGUCCGCCUAGUUUUGAGAAAGCCUACAAGAUCAAGAAAGAAUCAGGAAAGGAGUUCAAGAAUGAUUCAAGAAAGACACAAGAUGCCGAAGAGCCUCUUGUGGCCGACGAGAGGCACAUCCAACAAGAUGUCGAAGAGCCUCUAGUGGCCGACGAGAGGCACGCCGAGCCUGAACAGUCGUGGCAGUGGCCAGACACCUGGCGCCAGGACCACGACUACGGGGCCGUCAGCUCUGAAGAGUAUGCCACUUGGCCCGGAUGGUACGACUACGAUCCCGAGACCGGCUGGUGGGACUGGGUCGAAGCGCCUAAGAGCGCCACCCGAAAGGUUCGGUGGGGUCGGGCCUCCCAGCGCUCUCAGUCUCGACCUCAGCCUCGGACUCAGACCCACCGCCUCGAGCAGAGGGCCACAGCCUUGCGUGCCCGAGACUGGAGCGCACACGAGCUUCCAGUGUUGGUCACGGCAGGCAAGCUGCAGGAGUGCCUUAAACAGGGCUUGCCUGUACCAGGCAGCGUGUGCGAGUUCUGGAGCCUUGAUGCGCUUGAGCACGUCCAAGAGCUUUGGAACAGCUUCGGGUGUGAUGUCUCGGUCACCAGAGGCCGGUGGGGCUCACAGCUAGAAAAUGUUGCGAUCCUGCCGCUGGGCAAUCGCAAGAGCCCGACGAUUCAGGCUGCUAUAAAGGUAGACGUGGCUAAGGUUCCUACUGGAGAAACCAAGGUCGCAGUCAAGGUCACGGCACCCACGUGCUACAGGUCUGCUUUCCGCAAGGACCCGGGCGCGGCGGACACCCCAGCUGAGGUGCUCACUGCCUUGUCCUCGGCGGGACAGGUACGAGUGUCAGACUUGCUUGGCGGCAACUGGGCCGUUAGGGACAAGGACCAAGGCGACAAGGAAGCACUCACAGGGUUCUUGCGCCUGAAACCUGACGUGUGCAGUAAGCUUCUGAAAGUCAGUGGCCAGUUCGGGGUUUUCGUGACUCGCCUACGGAAGCCACAGGAGGUAGGACCCAAGCCCUUCUGGAUCCGACGCUUAGAUAAAGAAGAGCGCGAGAAGUACUACAGACGAGUCGUAGCAAUGCAUAAGGAGCGUGGUCAGGCGAUCCUGUUCCGAGCAGGUGGCGGCUCCGAUCUUGGUUUCGAGGCUAAGGACUCGGACGACGAGCCUGCUCGGGCCAAACAGUUGGUCAUGCAGGGUUUCCCGAGAGAGUGGGGAGAGGAAGAAGCUCAUAAGUUUCUCUCCGACCUGAAAUGGUCUGACGUCUCCUUCAGUGCUAGGCGUGGUAAGAGGUGGUACCUCAAGGCCAGUGGCAAUGGAACCACGACUAAGCAGACCGUCCCGACGACUCAGCUCGACGACGAAGCCGCCAGGGAGAGGUCCCCACGACGAGCAUCUUCGGAUCAAACUGACAACCAAGACGAGGCAGGAGCUUCUGGGAAGGCCGCCGCCGCUCCUGCGUCUGCCCAUGCAGGUUUUGCUCCCCCAGCUGACCCCUCUGAUGCUUUGGAGCGUAAUUGGAAACGAAUCGACUACGGAGGAGUAGGUGAUUGCUUUUUUAGGGCCUGUGCGGGCGUGCGCGCUGCUCAGGGUGGUGAGCUCAUCAACCCGAGGCAGUCUGAGCUCCAAGGUGCCCUGCUCCGCGCCUGGACCGUCCAGCAUCUCAAGAACCACGAAUCCAGAUUCAUGGAACUGUGGAAGGACAAGGAAGCUUUUCAAGCUUUCAAGAAGAAAGUCAGCGCCCAAUCUACCUGGGCUUGCGGGUCCCUAGUGCAGGCGCUUAGCGAGAAAGUAGGCACCCCAAUCAUUGUAUGGGAGUCUAAGGACAACGAGUGGACUAGAUUCGUCGUUGCCGGCAAAUUCUUUUCUUCUGGCUUUGCGUGCAUCGCUAAAGACUCUCAUCCUAUCGUCCUGAUUCUCUCGAACAAACAUUAUGAGGCUCUCAUUCCGCCUUCUCCUGAUGAUGUUCCCCGGAGUUGGUUGCGUGAAACUCCCACUACGAUCGUCGAUCUGUUGGGAGCCGGCCGAGGGAUGACUCCUCCCAGUGAGCCUGCCACCCCUUCGCUCCACUCUCUUGGCCCCCGCGGCUCGGAUUGCAAGGCCCCUGCCACUCCCUCAGUUCACACUGUUGUGGGAAGUCAGAAGAGGGCCAAGGCUAAAGGGGACACGCCGUCCCUUCACACUUUCGUGCGGUCUGGUGAGGCUUCCUCUUCUAGACAGUCCCGAGACCGAUCGCAGGAAGAGGGCACGCCGUCCCUGCACACGUGGGGACAGGACCCCGCCGUGCCGCGAGAGUCGGACCACUUAGGACACUCCGAAAGCAAGAAGGGCACGGCGGCCUCGGCGGUCAGCAGUGUUGCUCCUGACACCCGCUGCAAGGCCGACUCCGAGGUUGCCAGCAGUGCCGCCGCCCCAGCCCUCACCAAGGCGGCCUUGAAACUUCUUGCUGCGGAGGGUGAGCGGACUCCCUGCCCCUUGCAGGUGGGGGAUGGUGGCCUUGGCCAUGCCAAUACUCUCCGCGCGCUCCAGCGCGCAAAGCAAGUCCGGGCUUACACGAAGCAAGCGCGCGCUCAAGUGAAGAACUGCAAACCUCACAAAGUCAAGACUGGUGACUACACCAGUGGUCAGGCUUACCGAGAGAAGCUGAAGCUCCGCCGUGCUGAGGAGCGUGAGAAGCAAGGUGGCGACAGCACAGGUGGAACUCAUGCUGGGAUGGCGACAGCAGCAGAUGAUGCGCAGACGAAAAGGCGGGUGCGAACAAAGACACCUCCCAAGACGACGAUUGUUCCGACCGGUGCGCCACCGCCGAAGAAACCGACAAUCGUGACCCCGCCUCCGCAGCUGACAGCUUCGAAGCUCAACCAGAUGGCCACGGCUUCGAAGGGCGCCUGGGUUCGGUAG